AUGGGUGGUUCACUGUCAAAGAUCUACCAGCAUGUCCUGGCCUUGGUAUUUGCUGUAAAUGAGAUCAAUGAGAAUCCCAACCUCCUGCCGAAUGUGACGCUGGGCUUCUCCAUCCUCAACAGCUAUUCUAUUCCAAGGCUGGUUUAUAAGAUCACCCUGGGCCUGCUUUCCACAAAGGGCAGGUUUGUCCCCAACUUCAGGUGCCACACUCAAAUGAAUCUAGUAGCAGUGAUCGGAGAACUCCUCUCUAAGACCUCUGUCAUGAUGGCCAACCUAUUAGCCACCUACAAGAUCCCUCAGGUGCUGCCGUGUUCUGUGUGUAAUGACAACUGCUAUCCUGGCUAUAGGAAGAAAAAGAGGGAAGAGGUGCCCUUUUGUUGCUAUGAUUGUGCUGUGUGUCCGGAAGGGACAAUCUCUCAGCAGAAGGACCUGGAUGCCUGUAUCAAUUGCCCAGAUGAUCAACAUCCCAACAUUGACCAAAAUCAAUGCAUUCCUAAAGCUCUAAGCUACCUCUCUUAUGAAGAAUUCCUGGGGAUCAUUUUAGCGAACUUAGCUAUUUCUUUCUCUUUGAUCACAGGUUUGGUGUUUGGGAUAUUUGUGAAACACCAAGACACCCCCAUAGUCAAAGCCAACAACCGGAACCUCACCUAUAUCCUCCUCAGUUCCCUCCUCCUUUGCUUUCUCUGUUCCUUGCUUUUCAUUGGACAGCCUGGAAAAGCAACUUGCUUUCUCCAACAAGUAACUUUUGGCAUCAUCUUCUCUGUCGCCCUUUCUGUCAUUCUAGCGAAAACCAUCAUUGUGAUUCUAGCAUUUAUGGCCACCAAACCAGGAUCCGGGAUGAGGAAAUGGAUGAGGAAAAGACUGGCAAACGCAAUCAUCCUUUUCUGUUCCUUUAUUCAAGUAGGGAUUUGUACUGUUUGGCUCAGUACUUCACCUCCAUUUCCUGAUGUGGACAUGCACUCACUGAAUGGGAAAAUCAUUCUGGAAUGCAAUCAGGGUUCAGCUUCCAUGUUUUACACUGUAUUGGGCUACCUGGGCAUCCUGGCUGCUGUCAGCUUCACUGUGGCUUUCCUAGCCAGGAAUUUGCCUGAUGCCUUCAAUGAGGCCAAGUUCAUCACCUUCAGCAUGCUGGUCUUCUGCAGUGUAUGGCUGUCCUUUGUCCCAACCUACCUGAGCACCAAAGGAAAAUACAUGGUGGCCGUGGAGAUAUUCUCCAUCUUAUGCUCCAGUGCUGGGUUACUGGCUUGCAUCUUUUCCCCUAAAUUGUACAUUAUUGUAUUUAAGUCUGAAUGCAACAAGAAGGAGCAUUUAUUAGGAAGGAAAGGGUGA